UGAUGCGAGCGAAUAUUUUGAGUGCCGUGGAGUGUCAAAGGUGAAGUAAAACAUCGAGCGUUCGUGUUAAUGUCCGUCGUCCAUCGGAUACGAUGCAUGAUGCGAAGUCGCAUUUUCAUCGUGUUUUGCAUCUUCUCUGUUGCCUCGUAUCCCAAGUUUCAUACGCAUCUGAGUAUCAGAAGUGUUUCGAGAGUGCCAAAAACAAAGAACCAAAUACAAAUCAAAGUGAGUCGUUGUGAGGAAGGUCUUGAAUCUCAAAUGUUUGACAGCUGUGACCGAGACGGAGCUGGACGGUGCGACCAGCGGCAAUCGAUCAAGAAGAGCUAUUGUUUGUCUCGCCACCUCUACGCAUCUUUGCAAGCUGUUAAGGAUCAAUGUCCGGUGGAGCACACUCCAUGCGGAUAAGAAAUUCUCGCAGGUUGUUCAUCUCCUUAUCGCUCCCGCAUUUUAACUCAAGCGAGAUGGUCGCUGCAUCUUCUCUUAUCGGCCGGAUGACGCGGCCUCAGUGACCAACGCAAGGUGACCAACGCGAUGUCCUUCGUUAACAAAACGUGUUUUGCAAAAAUGGAAAUGGCUUUAAAUGGAUUUAAAAGGGAAAGGAAGAUUAAUGUCGUCCAUUCAGUAAAACAAGAAGCUCUCAGAACAGUCGCAGCAUGAGAGACAGCCAAGAUCUUUUUUUAUCUCAAGAUCUUCCUGGUCCGAGUAGUCAGGCCAGUAUGUCAUCGCAACGAAGUUCUAGAAGUUCAAUACUCACAAGAUCACAGAUUGUGAACUCUCAGGAAAUGGAAAUGCAAAAAGACACACAAUUAAUCAGUAGCAUAAUAAGAUAUCUCUUCAUGGCAAAUCGCAACAAGUUGCCUAUACAGAAGACACAUAUUAUCAAACAUGUUCUAAAUGGAAAUGGCAGAAUUUUCCGUUCAAUUAUAGACAAAGUAAAUGUGGAAUUGUCCGAGGUAUUUGGAUAUAAUCUCAUAGAAGUUGAAAACAAUAAAUACAUAUUGGUAAAUGAAAUAGAAAAUAAUAUUCCGCACCUCACUUUCGAAGAUGGCCCCAAACAGGUGUUGUUGUAUCUUGUUCUUGUACAUAUUUUCAUGAUUGGCGAAUCGUGCAAAGAAGAAGUAAUAUGGGACUUUCUUCGACAUCUGGGUAUUAUAACUGAAAAUAAUUUUCAACAUGAAUAUUUUGGCGACGUGAAAGAGUCGGUGACAGUGGAAUUUGUAAAUCAGAGAUACCUGGAAAGAAAUGUGAUAGAUAAGAAUGAUCCAUCAGAAUAUGAAUAUUCAUGGGGAUCUCGUGCGCAUAAUGAACUCAACUAUCGCUCUGCUUUGCAAUUUGUGGCAGAUAUAUACGAGUGUCCUAUAAAAAAAUGGAAAUUGCAAUAUAAAGCUGUGCUUGAGGAAGAAGCGUGAGAGGAGAACUUAUUUAUAUUUUUGACGUGUUAAAAAAACGAAUAAGAUGUUGUACAUGUACAAAUAUUAUCUCUCCUUUUUUUAUAAUACAAAGAUUUAAAACAAGCUUUUCUUUUAUAAAGAUGUCGUAUCAUAGAAAAGAUACAACAGCAUUUAAUAUAACAGAAUUUAAUAUAAAAAAGUUUAAUUUCUUUAUAUAUAAUUUCAUAUUUUAUGUCACCGUUGAGAAAUUCACGCAUGUGAUGAAAGAGCAAUAUAUAUUUCUAGACUGAACUAUU